AUAUAUGUAUGUGUAUAUAUAUAUGUGUAUAUAUACAUAUGUAUGUAGAUAUAUAUGUAUGUAUGUUUAUAUACAUGCAUAUAUGUAUAAAUAUAUAUAUAUAUAUAUAUAUAUAUAUAUAUAUAUAUAUAAUACUUUUCAGCCACGUCCAAAUCCUCUCUCCCCUCCUGCUCCCCGCCACUUACUGUUAAAGAAAACAGACGAUUAGAUUCACACGUACCACCUGUGAAAUCCAUUGACCUGCCAGCUGUGUCUCGGCGUCCGCACUGCCACGCCCGCUUCUGAUGGUGCUCUGUCCACAGCAUCAUGGACAGAGGCGGUGAUCUUUGCUCCUGCUGGCAGGAGCAAAGAUCAGUUGCUGUACUUAACUUACUUUUGCAUUAUGCAUUUGAGAAAUGACAGGUGUGCAUGAUUCUAUAUUACCUCAAGUUACAAAAAUAUGGUUCUCUACUCUUGCUAAAUCGAUGCAACACUUUUUAUUUUGAUUUUCACUUCCAUGUCCCUUUGCUUAUGUAACACAUAUUUAAAAUUCCCAUUAAAGUCCUACUGAAAGCCACUACUAGCCACCACACAGUCUGAUAGUUUAUAUAUCAAUGAUGAAAUAUUAACAUUGCAACACAUGCCAAUACGGCCGCUUUAGUUUACUAAAUUGCAAUUUUAAAUUUCCCGGGAGUUUCGUCUUUAAAACAUCGUGUAAUGAUGACGUGUACGCAAGACGUCACGGGUUUUUAGGAAGUAUGAGCGCUGCACACACACACAGCUAAAAGUUGUCUGCUUUAACGGCAUAAUUACACAGUAUUUUGGACAUCUGUGUUGCUGAAUCUUUUGCAAUUUGUUCAAUUAAUAUUGGAGAAGUCACAGUAGAAAGAUGGAGUUGGGAAGCUUUAGCCUUUAGCCACACAAACACACGGUGAUUCCUUGUUUAAAAUUCCUGGAGGUGAAACUUUACUAUGGAUCAAGCCAACAUGAAUAAUGACAGAAUGUCAACCAGCAGGAUGGAGUGAGAAAAUUGUGCCGUCCAUAGCUGCCGUCGACUGCCCUGAGACACUAGCGUCAGACACACACCUCCGACUAUCAGGUACUGUUUAACUCACUAAAACACUAGCAAUACAAUAGAAAGAUAAGGGAUUUCCCGGAAUGAUCCUAGCAAAUGUGUCUAAAAACAUCUGAAUUUAUUUUUUUUACUUUUUUUUUUUUCCUAGUCCGUCGCUAUCAAUAUCAUCAUCCACAAAUCUUUCAUCCUCGCUCAAAUUAAUAGGGAAAUUGUCGUUUUCUCGGCCCGAAUAGCCCUUUUUGUUGGAGGCUCCCAUUAAAAAUAAUGUGAUUAUGUGAGGAGCCAUUACACGUGUGACGUCAUCGCCUGCUACUUCCGGUACAGGCAAGGCUUUUUUGUCAGCACCAAAAGUUGCAAACUUUAUCGUGGAUGUUCUCUACUAAAUCCUUUUCAGCAAAAAUAUGGCAAUAUGGCGAAACGAUCAAGUAUGACACAUAGAAUGGACCUGCUCUCCCCGUUUAAAUAAGAAAAUCUCAUUUCAGUAGGCCUUUAAACACAUGCAUACAGUGCAAAGACUUUUAUUAUGGAGGGUUACUUCCUGCCCCAAAAUGGCGCUCGCUUCCGCUUAAGUAAGUACUGCGCACUUGACAAGGCACUCUCUUGUUGCUGUGAGACACGCGGGAGAAGAAACUCGCAAAAUCUUCUCAUACUCACACUUUUCAAACUUCAUAAUUAGGUCAGGUUUUUUUCCCGGGAAGGAAUACCUGGGGACCCAAACAACCUGAGCUCCCGAUCCACCUUUAAACUCAACUCAACAAAAUGGCGAACUAAACAUCUAUGCGUGUAUUUUGUCGGCGUGAGCUCGCGUGCUGACAAGCGGUUUGAAUGUGCGACCGGACAAGGUCUUCCCCCCGGACCGGGGUUCCGUUUGAAGGAAGACUGCCAGAACGCUUCUGACAAGGUUUUCUGCGGUUCUUGUGGUUUCGAGCUUCACUCGUGUGGCUGGAAGAGCGGCAGCAGCAGCACUGGCUUCACGUGGAGGCGAGAGAGGGCCAACGUCACCUCGCUCCCUGGACAGGACCACACCACAGGGAGUCCAUGGGGACACGUCAUGUUUUUGGAUGGAAAACAAGGCUGUUCUCCCACAAAUGAGGCCCUUUUGGAAUAUUUAGUGGGGACAACGGCUGCUGUGGGAUGUCAGAUGAGCUUCUGGUAUCAUAUUCAUGAGGAAAACUCAGCAACAUCGUCCUCGUCCAUCCAUGUGAACCUGGUCAGAGGGACAGACACGGACACCAAUCUGCUGACGACUCCAGUGAGUUCGGCAGAGGAGUGGCACAAUGCCCGAACCGUCAUCGGGAAUCGUCCCGCCGAGUACAAGCUCCAGUUUUUAUACACUUGUCCAUUUUGGAAAGCCACGGAUGUGAUGCUGGAUGACAUCAGCUUUGAGAACUGUGCCGAGGGAGACAUACCUGCAGGACCACAGCAGCUGUCCUGUGACUUUGAGGAGGACACGUGUUCCUGGUACCACGACUACACCGCCAGCAUGCUUUGGCAGCGGACUAAAAAGAGUUUCGUACAUCACAUCGUGGGCAAUGGCUAUUACAUGCUCAUAUCGAGCAAAAGUGGUCUCAACACCUCGUCCGCAGCGAGACUGGUGGGCUUCACCGUGGGUCCAGUCGUCUGCGUCAGCUUCCACUACCACAUUUUUGGCAACAGCAUUGGUUCAUUAAAGUUCAUCGUAAAGUACCCGGGUGAAGCAGAGACUGUUGUGUGGAUGAGGACUGGCACUCAGGGAAACAAAUGGAGAUUCGCGGAUUUAACCUUCUCCAGUGACAAACCAAUACAGUUUAUCAUAGAAGCUGUGGUGGGUGGAAGUCAAGGAACCAUUUGCAUAGAUGACCUGGUAGUGUCCAACAGUGGUGACUCCUGUCCAGCGGAGCGUGAGUGCACCUUCCAAGGAUCGCUCUGCGGUUUGCAGCCGGUUCCAUCCGCAGACUUCAGCUGGAAGCGGGCAACAGGCGCGUCUCGACCCGCUAACUCCUCCGGCCCUGGCACGGAUCACACCCUGGAAACAGAGCAUGGUUAUUACCUGAGCGCUGAGUUGUGGCGACACCGCCCAGGGUCCAGAGUUAAAAUAGCGACGGCACUGAUGGAGCCCACCCCACCUCACGGUGAAUGCUUGAUGUUCUGGUUCUACAUGGAGGGAAGAGGUGUGGGUGAGCUCAAUGUGCACCUUCAAACUGCUGGCGCCCUCGUCCAGCUGUGGAGCAGGAGCGGAGAUCAAGGGAGCCACUGGAGGCACGGCAGAGUCUCACUCCUGAACCCCCAUUCCUCAUAUCAGGUGGUUUUUGAAGCGCUGACAGGGAAGGGUCCGAGGAGAGAUAUCGCCAUUGAUGACCUGGCUGUUCUUAAUGGAGUGUGUCCUCCAGAAGGUUUUUGUGACUUUGAAAUAGAUUCAUGCGGGUGGGUGAACAACCCUCCAGCCGAUUCAGGGUUAGACUGGGACUGGCUUUCUGGGAAGAGCGAAGGCCACCAUGUCCCAAAAAAAGACCACUCUACCAUGUCCUCUCUUGGCCACUUUGUUUUCUACAGGUCGUUUGGGUCUGAAGGAGCCCAAAAAGCUCAGCUCGAGAGUGAGUCCAUGGAGGCUGUGGAACAAGCGUGUCUGGAGUUCUGGCACUACGCUGCAGGAUGGACGGCCAACAAACCUUCAGACAUCACCUUGACGGUAUUUGUCAACGAGACCUCCGGGCUGCGCUACAUUUGGAGCACCAAUGGAUACCUCAAUGACACCUGGAUCCAGAGCAAGGUUGACUACAGUGCAUCAGGGCCUCACCAGAUUAUCCUGCAAGCCAACAAUACAGGCUCCAGUACAUUGGAUUCCAGUUUUUCCCUCGAUGAUGUUCACAUUAUAAGAAACAAGUCUUGUUUGGAUACAAUCCCAACCACCACCCCAAGCCCGGCCACCACCACCACCACUCCUCCAAACCCUGGCAUGCACUGCACUUUUGAACAAGAUCUGUGCAACUGGGUCCAGGAGGUUGAUGAUGAUUUUAACUGGACACUGAGUAGAGGACUUCAAGUGGACGAGCCUUGGGACGGACCUUUAUACGAUCACACCGAAGAAAAUAACCAGGGUUUUUAUUUACUUCUCAAUGGAUCUGCAUUGAAGGGGGUCGAGAAAGCAAGCAUCUCUCUUCCCCUCAAAGAUGGGACCUCACAAGUUUGUGUUGGAUUCUGGUAUUACAUGUCGGGCCCUUCAGUGUCAGCCAUUGAUCUGCUGGUUAAGACUAAUUCCUCAGAGAUGUUGGUCUGGACCCGCAAAGGGAGCCAGAAUCCCGAAUGGAUCCAAGCACAAGUAACCAUCGACGUAAAGGACGAAACGACACGGGCGAUGUUCAGCGGCCACAGAAGCAGAGACAGCGAGGGAUUUGUUGCACUUGAUGAUGUCACAGUGAGCGUUGGGGGCUGCCGUGGAGACAGUCCGAUCUGCGGCUUCGAAUCCGGCUGGUGUGGCUUUGAGAGGGACGUCAGCCACGAGGGACGUUGGGGACGCGAGAGAGGCGCAAAGAACAACGUGGAUCACACGUUUGGUACAGAGAAUGGUUACUUCAUGACCGUAACCAAGUCAAAUUCCACACAACAGUCAGUUGCUCAGCUGCUGUCGCCUGACUUCGUCUCAUCUUCGGAAAUGUGUGUUCGCUUCUGGUACCGGCUGCCUGUAGGGUCAGCCAACAAGCUAUCCGUCCAUGUGAGGAGCCGGGAAAUGGGUGAUGCCCUUUGGCAACGUUCUGGAGCCGUCUCCUCAGACUGGGAGGUGGCAGAGGUCACAGUUUUCUGGCCAACGAAGUUCAACGUGGUGUUUAGGGCAUCCCAUAAGCCAGGAUCUAAUUCCACAGUACAAAUGGACGAUUUCUCCGUAAGGAAGGAGGCCUGCUCUCCUUCGGCAAACUGUGACUUUGACUCUGGACGAUGCAACUGGCUCAACGUGCCCACAGAAAGUGGAUAUGGAUGGGUGCUGGCCAGUACGGGCUUCCGCGGUCUACCUGUAGACAACACCACCCCGGAAGGUUGCUUUCUGCUGAGCACAUCACAGCACAGAAACAUCAGUGUGGCCCAGGUAGUGUCCGAGUGGAUCCAUCCCAAAGACCCCAACGCCUGCCUCACUCUUUCCUACCAUGUUGACAGCAGCAGCCUUGGGACUGUGCGUGUCCAAGUUCGAUCCGUCCCAUCCGAGGACGAGUUGAUACUCCAAAGCAGCAGUGGACACAGAUGGAACUUCUUUUCUCAAACGCUGGAGCAGAAAAAACCUUUCCAGUUGGUGAUCCAAGCCGAAACCAGCCUAGGAGGGUUUGUUGCCAUUGAUGAUAUCAGUCUAGCAGCCGGCCCAUGUCAAGCGAACGAAACCGGUUCCGGUUUUGCCGGGUGCACGUUUGAAAACGGCACGUGCGGCUGGAAGGACGUCAGCGUGGGUCAAGGUCAGUGGGAGAUGAUGGCGGGAAAGGACGCUCCUGUGAACACGGGACCAUCUGUUGACCACACACUCGGCACCCGGCUGGGUCAAUACGUGGCGUUGACCCCUAACAACGGCGGUCACAUCAGUCCCGCCACCUUGCAGAGUCCCGCCAUGACAAACGCCAGCUCGACAUGCACCUUCCACUUCUACUACAACAUGUAUGGAGAAGACACCCAAGCGUUGAAGGUGCUGCGGAGCGAGAGAUCACGGACCACCGUCCUGUGGUGGAGGUCGGGCGGAGGCGAUGACGUGUGGCAACGCGGCGAGGUUGCGGUGGCCCGACCCAGCCAGGACUUCACCAUCCUUCUCCAGGCGACCCGGGCCUUUAGCCAGACGGGCCACGUUGCCGUUGACGACAUGGCCUUCACCACAUGCCCCCUGCCGGAGCCUCAACCCGUCUGUGCCGACAACAUGUUUGCGUGCAAUAACAGCGUGUGCGUGGAGAGGAGCCGGGUGUGCGAUUUCACCGACGACUGCGGCGACCGGACGGACGAGCUCGACUGUGAGACUCGCGGUGUGACGCAGCGCUGCAGCUUCGAACAAGGCCUGUGCUCUUGGGCUAAAAACCAGUUGGACGAAGGUGGCGCGAGAUGGAGGCUGCAAAAAGGAGAGGACGCCUGGCCUGCCGGUCCUCCCCUGGACCACACCCUAAACAACGCUGCAGGUCACUACCUAACUCCCGGCACUCCUGGCAUAUCCCAGCUCCUCUCCAACACCUUGCUUCCCAGCUCAAAUUGCACGAUCACAUUCUUCUACUACAGCCUGGAUGACGCUGCAGGGAGACUCACGGCGCGUUCCCGGACGCUGCGAUCCGGCGGCAACGACACGGUGUUGUGGCUCGCCACGCCCACGCCGAGCUACAGCUGGCAGAGGACCAACGUCACCUUUUCCUCAUCUGUACAGUGCAAGAUUGUCUUUAGGUACGAGGGGGGCGACGCCGGCAGAGGACACGUUGCACUGGACGAUGUGUCCUUCUCCGAGGAGUGUGCGUUUGAUCCUGCCAACGGCCGAUUGCCUGACACGUCACCCACCUCAGCCCCGACUACAUCUACACCUACAUCUACACCUACAUCUACAUCUACAUCUACACCUACACCUACCCCUACAUCUACACCUACAUCUACACCUACACCUGCACCUACAUCUACACCUACACCUACACCUACAUCUACAUCUACACCUACACCUACACCUACAUCUACACCUACACCUACACCUACAUCUACACCUACAUCUACACCUACAUCUACAUCCGCCUCCACGCCAGGGAUUUCGCCCUCACCAACCAGGCCAUGCCAGGAAGAUGAAUUUUUCUGUUGGCGCUCGUCCGGCCGAAUAUGCAUCGCUGGGACUUUAAAGUGCAAUUACCUUCCGGACUGUUCUCAAGGGGAGGACGAGGAUGGCUGCGGUCCGUGCACGUUCGAGCAGGACCAGUGCGGCUGGACCAACGCCGGCCAAGCUGGGAGGAGGUGGCAGCGACUGAGAGCCGGCAGCAGCACGCAGCCACCUGCUGAUCACACCACGCACUCAGGCUUUUUCAUGAGCGUCAACUCCAGUGCGGCGUCCGGGUUGAGUGAGGCCCGACUCCAGAGUCCCACCCUGCCGCCCUCCUCCCCCUACUGCCAGAUUCAGUUUCACUUCCACAUCAGCUGUGAGUGUGCUGGCUCGCUCAAAGUGCUGACGCAGCAAGAUGACGGACGUGAAGCAAUCCUGUGGUCACGCAACCGCCGCACCGUUCGCCAUUGGACGCCCGAAUAUGUGCCCCUGUGGACGCACCUGCAGCCUCACAAGGUGUGGUUGAGUGGUUGUGGUCAAGCCUACCUGGGAGAAGCCGCCAGUCAGGCUUGUGUCGUUGCUGUGGACGACGUCUCUUUCCUCAACUGUGAGACCUUCUUCCAGCCACCAGCUCUCUCUGCCUUCAGGUGCACCUUUGAAGACAGCCUGUGUGUUUGGCUGCAGGGGGCCGACGAUGACCUGGACUGGACUGUAAGGUCGGGGCCGACUGACACGCCGAACACCGGGCCGGCAGGGGACCACACGACGGGAACAGGAAACUAUCUCUACCUGGAGAGUUCCCAUCCGAGCGCAAAAGGUGAUGUUGCUCAGCUGAAGUCUGCAUUGCUGCCACCUGCUGGUGACCAAGGGUACUGUUUAACAUUCUGGUACCACAUGUUUGGAGCCACUGUGGGUUCUUUGAGAAUGUUCCUUCACACGGCCGUGAACAAAUCUCUGGUGUGGCAAAGGUCAGGGGACCAAGGGGACGAGUGGCGGGCGGCUCGAAGUCACGUGACCUUGCAGCGGGUCCAUCAAGUGAUCGUGGAGGCCAGCGUAGGAGGAGAGGCGGGCGACAUCGCCGUCGAUGACGUCUCGCUUGUUCCCGGCGCUUGCCCCGCCUCUGAUGUCUGUGAUUUUGAGGAGGGAAGUUGUAACUGGCAGCAGGACAGCAACGAUGACGCCGACUGGAUCCGGCAGUCGGGCCCCCACCCCGAACCCCAACACGGGCCCCGACAGCGACCACACCACCAACACACGCCCAUGGGCCACUACUACUACCUGCCUUCUUCCAUCAAUGACAUCGCAGGCCAGACCGCCGCCAUGUCGUCACCGUUGUACCCGCCCACUGCGCGACAAGGAGCCUGCGUUAAGAUUUGGUACCAUAUGUAUGGCAGAGGCGUUGGGACCUUCAACGUUUACCAGCAGAGCCUAGAUGGCGUCCGUGCUCUGAUCUUCUCCCAGAGCGCAGACCAGCGCCAGAUGUGGAGAUUAGCUGAGGCGUCACUCCUGCCUUCAGUUCAGCCAUACAAGCUGGUGGUGGAAGGUGUGAAGAGCGGUCCCACCCUGGAGGGCGACAUGGCUUUUGAUGACGUCCACCUGAUAGACACCAACUGCCCCCCGCCCGGCACCUGCGACUUUGAGAUGGACAUGUGCAGCUGGACCAACGUGAGGGGAUCCAUAGACCAAGGCGACUGGCUCCGAGGGAUGGGGGCCUCCCCGAACCCCAACACAGGACCCAGCGUGGAUCACACCACACACACGCCACACGGUUCCUACCUCUACGUGGACAGCUCAGUGGGUCAACGGGGCGACGCCUCCUUCCUUAUCGGCGAAGUGCUCCAACCGGCCACUAGGGGCCACUGUCUUGAAUUCUGGUACCACAUGUUUGGCCCUCAUGUCGGUACCCUGCGAGUUUACGUAAACGACAGGAAAACACACGCCAGCGGCAACGAGGCGGGCGUUCAGACGUGGGUCGAGUUUGGAAACAAGGGAGACAAGUGGCUGAAGGCCAAUCUGUUUGUUGAGGCUGACGAGGCAUUCUGGUUUGCGUUCGCAUAUCACAGGGGGGAGGAGGCUGGCGGCGACGUUGCCCUGGAUGAUAUCAAGAUCUUUCAUGGAUCCUGCGAUCCAGAACCCACCACUGAUCCUGUCGUUGAUAAUUACACUGAUAUGUUGUCCAUCGGCCUGGCGGUGGGUCUGACUCUCCUUGCAGGCGUCGUCAUCGUCUUCUUCCUCCUGUGGCUGAACAGGGAGCACUGGGCCAAAAGCCGGGCAGACGCUGCAAGUAACAACGUUCUGGAUCGGGACGCCGGGUUUGACCUCUUUAACUGCCGAAGAGAUGGCACACAACGAGGAAGCGUAUCCAACAUGUAUUUCGACAACAAUCUGUACCAACCUUCGACAAAUGCAAGCGACGCACGUGUUGACUCAUCGAGCGCCUAGCCCAGGGGUCAGGAACCUUUUGGCCUGAGAGAGCCAAAUAUUUUAAAAUGUAUUUAUGUUUUAACACUGAAUACAACAAAAUGCGUGCAUUUUUAAGUAGGACUAAAAUUCUUUAAGUGUAAUAAGUCUCUUUUUCUUUUUAAUACGAUUUGUAUUCUGAAGUUCUAUCCAUCCAUCCAUCCAUUUUUCUACCGCUUAUUCCCUUUCGGGGUCGCGGGGGCCGCUGGCGCCUAUCUCAGCUACAAUCGGGCGGAAGGCGGGGUACACCCUGGACAAGUCUCCACCUCAUCGCAGGGCCAACACAGAUAGACAGACAACAUUCACACACUAAGGCCAAUUUAAUGUUGCCAAUCAACCUAUCCCCAGGUGCAUGUCUUUGGAGGUGGGAGGGGCCUACCCCCAGGUGCAUGUCUUUGGAAGUGGGAGGUCA